AUGUCGUUCUCACGUCCAUUAUCUCGCGCUUCCUUUAGCUUAUCAAAGAAAUUAACUGCUAAACCUUUAUCAACGGCAUUACCUUUGGCAAGGCAAAUUUAUCCUGCGACUAUCACUGGUGCCAUUCGAAGUUUACACGCUUCAAAAUCUAAAUCCCUUAAAGAACGACUUGAAGAAUUAAUUCCAUUGAAACAAGAGGAAAUAAAGCAAGUUAAAAAAGAACAUGGAGCCAAAAGUUUAGGAAAUGUAACGGUUGAUAUGGUUUAUGGAGGCAUGAGAGGUAUCAAAGGUUUGAUUUGGGAAGGUUCAGUGUUAGAUCCCGAAGAAGGUAUUGAAUUUAGAGGUCUCACUAUACCCGAUUGUAGAAAAAGGCUCCCGGCGGCAGACGGUGGAGGAGAACCGUUACCUGAAGGAUUAUUUUGGUUGUUGUUAACUGGGGAAAUUCCAACAAAAGAACAAGUUGAUGCUAUAUCUGCUGAAUGGGCAGCUCGAUCUUCAAUUCCUUCAUUUGUUGAAGAUUUAAUUGAUAGAUGUCCAAAUACUUUGCAUCCAAUGUCACAAUUUUCUCUAGCUGUUACUGCUCUACAACAUGAUUCUUCUUUUGCUAAAGCUUAUCAAUCUGGUGUUAAUAAAAGUGAAUAUUGGCAAUAUGCUUAUGAAGAUGCUAUGGAUUUAAUCUCAAAAUUGCCGGCUAUUGCUGGUAGAAUCUAUAGAAAUGUUUACAAAGAUGGAAAGGUUCCUUCUAUUGAAAUGGAUAAAGAUUAUUCUUAUAAUUUGGCUAAAAUUCUUGGAUAUUCGGAAGAUAAAGAUUUUGUGGAAUUAUUAAGACUUUAUCUUACAAUUCAUUCUGACCAUGAAGGUGGAAAUGUAUCAGCUCACACUAUGAGACUCGUGGGAAGUGCACUUUCUGAUCCUUACAUCUCAUUUUCAGCUUGUCUCAAUGGAUUAGCAGGUCCACUACAUGG